CCGCCCCUGAAGCGGGUGGGUGCUGAGGGAGCGCUGCCGCUCCUUAACGCCCGGCACAGGGAACAUGAUGGCCGCGCUGCAGGCAGCUCUGAAGAACCCGCCCAUCAACACGAAGAACCAGGCCGUGAAGGAUCGUGCAGAAAGUAUUGUCCUGAAGGUCCUCAUCUCAUUCAAAGCCAACGAUAUCGAGAAGGCAGUCCAGUCCCUGGAUAAGAAUGGUGUUGAUCUGCUAAUGAAGUACAUCUACAAAGGCUUUGAGAGCCCCUCUGACAACAGCAGUGCUGUGCUGCUGCAGUGGCAUGAGAAGGCGCUGGCUGCUGGUGGAUUAGGGUCUAUCGUCCGUGUGUUGACUGCCAGGAAAACGGUUUAACUCCAGCACCAAAUGGCUGUUUGCUCUCCAUGGUGUGGGAAAUGCUGGUGCAAAACCCAACCAGAUGCCAUUGCUGCCCCGUGGGCAGCACCUGUCUCUCAGCUUGCCUUCUCGCUGCUUCUUUCGUACCUGACAAGUAAUGCAUAUCGUGAUCUCUUUUUGUUAAACUCUGGAAAAUUAUGAAGGUGCAAUUUUAUUUCUAACAGGACUCUUUGGUACUCGAGCAUUUCAGUGACACGCAUAGCUACAUUUACAACAUGUUUAGGAUGGUUUGUAUUUGUGUAUAAUUCUGGCAGAUUUGGGCCUGACUUUCCACACAAGUGCUGAGGGACGUAGGGCAAUGUCUUAAUCCUUUUUGCUAGCCAAGCAGUGUUUUGAUAUAAAAUAAAUAUUUGAAAAGUGGGGCAGCUGCAAACGUUGGUAACUGGACCAUGUUUCCUUUGGUCAACCUCUGAGCCUACAGCAGUGAGUAGGACAGAAAAGAGCAGCUUCCCUCUGACCGAUCAUCAUUCCAGUAAGCCAGGUAUUUUCCUUAACCUCACACCUCGUGGCCUGUUCUGAUGUGCUGUGAUCAGUCAGAGGCCGGGUGAACAGCAGGCAGAUCACAGCGAGGGUGGAGCUGUCCUUCCUGCACUUUGCAUGCUAGAAUUUAAAGGUCCAUUUACACUGGAGCCCAGUCCAGGAAACUUUUUAUUUUGGGAACUAAAGAUCCUACACAGGAGAAGAAAAGGGACGUAGUCUUAAGGGUUACCAGACAGUUGACAUUCCUGCUGUACCAUGGUGCAUUAGCAAGUGGACAAAUGAAGUUCCAAAAUAAAGAGGAGUAUUUUAAAAAGGAAUUAAGGAAGCCCUGGGCAUCCGAGACCACAGCUCACCACUGAAGGUUAGGGCCAGGACUGAGACACACUGUUUUACAUUUGCCAUUUUACAACAGUUCC